CGCGUGACGUAUGUCAAAUCCCCUCCCACAGUGCAUCUCUUUCAUUGGCUCGGCUUCAAGUGAACCAGCUGAACCAAGCUUUAUCAACUCAAAAUUACAAAAAAAAAAAAAAAAAUCCCAAAGAACAAGUUUACCGUUUUAUAACAAGGGGCUGUAGUUUGAAAAACAAGCGAAAGUGGACUAUCCUGUUACGGUUGCCGGUAAAAUGCUUUUUAACAUCUGCUAGCGCUUAGCUAGCAGUGACGGGAGAAGCCAAGUGGAAUUCUGCUGGUGUCGUCAGACGGCUCACCCCAACACGUUUACACAAAGGAAAAAAAUAUAUCUAGACAAACAUAUAUUUUCUUAUUUUUAAUUGAACCUGGUUUUACUUUUUCGGAGCCCCGUUGGUGAGUAAACUAGCCAAGUCCCAGAGAGUCAGUUUGUUGGCUCUGGCUAACUUUAGACAUUUGUGGAAAACACCAUGAGCACCGAAGAGACCGCAGCAGCCAACAACACCGCUCCGGAGGAUGAUGGCAUGACCUGGUGGUACAGAUGGCUCUGCAAGACAGCAGGAGUUUUAGGAGGAGUGUCCUGUGCCAUCUCAGGAGUGUGGAACUGUGUUACCGUCAACCCUCUAAAUAUCGCCGCUGGAGUGUGGAUGGUGUUGAACGCCUUUGUGCUGUUCCUUUGUGAGGUCCCGUUCUGCUGCCAGUUCAUAGAGUUUGCCAAUGCAGUGGCGGCGCGUGCAGACAAACUCAAACCCUGGCAGAAAGCCUUCUUCUACUGCGGGAUGGCAUUGUUUCCUAUUUUCUUGAGUUUCUCCUUCACGACCUUGUUUGGGAACGCCAUCGCCUUCGCCACAGGAGUCCUGUACGGCCUCGCCUCUUUAGGCAAAAAGGGCGACGCGGUGACGUAUGCCAGGCUGCAGCAUCAGAAGCAGGGCGACGAGGAGAAGAUGACGGGGACGGCAAACGGUGCUCCAGAGUAACGGGACCUUCACCUUCAGCCCCUUAAUGGUCGGGUUCCCUCCGUUUGUUGUCGUGUGGUUUUUCUCCCGGCGUCGUACCUCAGUUCUGUCCUCACACUACACACAGUAGGUGUUUUUAUUUAUCGUCUUAAUCUGCUGCAGAGUUCUCAGUAAUCAAACGGACUGAUGCUGAAGUCAUCUCAUCAUUUGCAUCAUUAUGAACUUUUCUUGUAGUGGGUUUUAUGUUUCGAGGGUUUCCGCUCAGUUGUGUUGUGUGUUAAACUUGUUGCCCCCGAAGCUUCAAGGAAACUAAUUGUGAUUGUAAAAUAUUACUUGAAUUCAUGUUUUUCUGAGAAUUCGACUGCGAUUCAGAGUGGUGUCGGACAGAAGGAGCAGCUCUUCAAGGUGAAUCAGGCGCUCUUAAGAUGUGUUAGUGACAGAACACAAAGACCCAGGUUCUGAAGUCUUUUUGGAAGUGUGACUGAUGUUCUGAUCCAGACUGUGUUCAGCCUGUCCACAUGUUCAAACAGAAACCUGCAGAAAAAGCUGCCAUAAUGUCUGCAGCUCCUGAUUUCCUUUAGUCAUCUUUCAUCUGUCUAAUCCAACAAGGCUGUGGGUCCUCCACUCUCUUUUAGCUGUCAGGUAGAAGUAAUCUUUACUAAACAUAAACCAAUUGUAUAAAUAAUUCUUCUGUUUAUGAUUUUUCAAUGAGUUAUAGUGUUUUGUUUUGUUUUUACCCACAAAAGCUUCUUUUUUCCUGCCUUACCAGAAAUGUGAAAGUAGAUUCUAGUGUUUUUUUUAACUUUAAAUAUUAUUAAAAGUAAUGUUUUUAACGUGGAUUCUUUGUGUUAAGUUAAAGUUUCAUGAACUUCAAACCCUUUUAGCGUCAAAGAUCAAAUAUUUGUGGAGAGGUGUUACUUUGACUGUGUUUGGGAUGAAUUGUAUGUUGUUUUUGGCAAAAGCAUAACUCUGAACCGCAGCCUGAAGAACAUUCAGAGGAAGAAUGAGAGGUGUUUUCAGUGUUGGGGAAUGUAUUUGACACACCCAAAGAUCAACAGCUGACGUUUUUAUUGAAUUAUUUUGUACCAUGUCACUUUAAACUCAGUCCAGGCACCCUGCACUUGACUCUUUGUAGCAUUCAGCCCAAACAUGGAUCAGAAAUGACGUUAUGCAUUUAAAAAACUUUAUUUAUGCUCAUUUGGAAAAUAUAAACAGGGUGUUUUUCAUCAGCAAUCCAAAUCUUUGGUUUACCAUAAAUUCCUUUACCAAAACCAGCUUUCACUUUAAUGUCACCAGCUUUUGGAGUCCAGCACCAUCUGGAUUAAAUUGUAGCGUUCCAAGAUUGAAUGCUGUUGUAACCUCUGUCCCUGAACGCACCAUCUCUUGUUUUGUUGUUUUGUGUGUGUCAGUGGUAAAGCGACAGAGACCCAGCAGCUCUCAGGUAUCACCAGUCGACUGUGAAAUCCCUUCGCUUGAAUCAAGCUCCAGACACACGGGGGGGCACGGUUGGGGUUGGCUGCAAAGGAUUUUUAAUAAGGGUAACAUUAAACUUGGUUUUCUGCAUUUGAUACCCCCCCAUCAGAGAAAGCGGCGAGCUGCUGUAGUGGUUAAACAAGAAUUCUGUUGGUCUAGUGGAUUAAACUGACUAAUCCCUCCUGUUUUCUGUGAGAAUCCAAGUUCUGCCCCCAACUCUUACAAUUUAAAAAAAAGACUGAAGUACACGAAUCAAGACCUCUGACUUGCAAUUUUGUACACAAGAAAUUGAAAUAUUGUGUUAUAGUUAUCACAAAGUUAAAAAUCUGUUUGCAUACACACAGAAUAAAGUCAAAUUCUUGAAAAUUGAUUGAACACUUAAACAGAAAUGCCGUUCUGCAGUAACAUUAAAAAAAAAAGAUGAAGAUAUUUUUUUUAUUAUAUUUUGGGAUUAAAAAAAUUACUGCAAAAGAAUGCUGUCCUUUAAAGUCCCACUCUAAUCAUCUUUAGAUCUAUUUUCAAAGUGUCCCAAUGGUCUUUUAAUUAGGAUUCUGCCGUUUUUAGCCAAAAUCCUAAAACCUGUCAUUUUGUAAGACAGUUUCUGCUGAAUCAUUAGAAUCAGUAGUUCAUUCAAAAUUCCCCUCUGAGUUGCCACAGGAACACAUUAAAAACACCAAACAGAUCAUUUUAUUUGGAGUGGGUCUAAAUAUUUUUUAAGGUGUCAAGUUCUCACAUCUCUUAUCAUGUAAGCUCAGCAUGCUUUUGUCUUAAACUGACACCUAAACUCCAUUAAGAUGGAUGUAGAAGGGAGGGUGGAGUUCACUCUGCCUGUUGGCUCUCAUUUACAGAAACUGCUGCGUUUCAGUCUUGCCGCUGAUGGUUAAAUGCGCAGCGCUGCUUCUAAAAGAAUAGAAAAUAAACCAACCUCAGAUAAAUACCCCACCUGUGUCUGAACCUUCAGUUUAAAAGCAUUUGUGAAACCCAACCAGCAUUGUUGUACAACCGUUCACUACAGUUUUGCAGUUUCUGCCUUUUAUUUCUGUCCCCAUCGUCCAUCCGAGACUCCAACUGACCGUUUUUGCCUCUGCAGGUGUUGAAUGUGUUUUACCAUAACCCUGGGCACUGUGACAUUGGGAGUUGGGUCAUCUAGACCCCACUAGACAGUGCGCUGAACUUUUUUCUUCAAAGAUUUGUGAUCUUUACUGGUGUCCAUGGAUAACAUGAAAUCCUCUUCACCUUUAUCUACCUUUGUCAUGGUAGGGAGACCACGUCAAUGGUCAUCUUGACCCCAUAGGAUGACACAAGGGUUAAGGGAUUGUGUACCUGUACAGUGUGUGUUGUUGUGAUUUCAACUCCUCAUUUGAAGUUGUGCAUUAAACAAACUUACUACCUUC